AUGAUGCCUGAAGAACAGACCGUGCCCGAGGCCAACGUCACCGUCGACUCCGGAGCUACGCCUACCUCUCCUACUAUACCGUUUCGUCCCUCGUGGAUCACCGAAGCGGGGAAAGAAGCGUGGCGCGUACAUCGUGCGCAACACGGAACCGGCACUGCCGAUGAGAACUGCGACUUCUGCAGUUUCACUCGCGAAGACGUCCAUGCGUUCGCGCAGCAGUUUGAGGAUGACGGUGCGAAACGCGGGCUCCUGAACCAGAUCUCGGAGCUUGAAGGACGUCUUGCCGCGACGCAGUCCACCCAGUCAGCGGACGCCGCGGCCAACCAGCAGGCGCUCACAGCCUCGCAGCAAGACCGCGACGCGAAGGCCGCUGAGAUACAGCGUCUGGUCACGCUCAUGGAACAGGCCAGCGCCUCGUUCGAACAGAAGCUCGCCGAGGAACUCGCCCGGCGCCCGCACACGCACUCGGCGGAGACUUGCCUCGAAUGCGCCAAGAUGGCGAGCGAGUACAAGGAGGCCGUCGCCGCCGGCAAGCUCGCACAGGCUGCGCACAGCGGGUGUGGGGAUUUGCUCGCGGCGGCACAGCGCGAACGCAUUACGCUCGAAGGUGCGGUCGGCGCCUUUCAGGAAGAAUCCGCGCGCUGGCGCAAGGUGUAUAACGACCUGCGGGACGACCCCGAAAGCCGCCAGCGCAAGCGUCCGAAGGGCUCCGCGGAUGGAGCCCAGGGCGAGGAGCACGGUGGGCUCGCGCCUUCGGCGUCUUCGGCCUCUGGCAACCAAACCUCGUCGACGUCCGCGACGUCGUCUGGUGGGGGGGGGACUACAGCCUCGACGCCUGCGCGCGGAACGCACAUCCCGCAGCUGAUGGAGGGAAACCCGGAAAGACCUGAACCGGGGACAUUCAGACGUUUCAACUGGUUCGAAUGGGCACGCUACCAGGCUCACCACGCACGCAGCCUGGACGACUUCAUCCACGGCGUCAUCUGCUCGCCCAAGGCGGAAUUCAAGGCCAACACGCAGGAGCAUACGAUGCGCGGCGAGGCGGUAUCGUGGGCCACGACGGGAACUCUAGUUGGGCGCGACAGGCAGGCCCGGUACUUCGGGCGGCCGCAGAGGUACCCAGAAAUGGUCGCCGCGCUCGAGCUUCAGAUCAACCCGCAGGGUCGCCUCGAGCGUGGUGAAUUCACCGAGAAUAUGAGUGAUGGAGAUAUCACGCGCUGGUUCGCAGACCAUGGACUCGCCGUAGACGAAGGGCGGGAGCUGUUCGGGUGGGCCAAGACGUACAUCGAACGCCGCUGGAUGAAAACUGAUGCCCCCGGGCGUAACGCAGUACCAGAUGAUAUCCGGGUUCUUUGGACGCAGAUCCAGAACAUCGCGCACCGUGCGAUCCUGCCUCCCAAAUUUGAACACAAGCAGUGGACCUCGCCUGCGCCCGUUCUCGGUGAUGUCCCUAUGCAGAUGUAG